AUGAGGGUUUUUUUUAAAAACAUCCUCGAAAAUUGCGUAACAACCGUCGGACCGAAGUCUGAAGUCGAUGAAAUAACAAGAACCGCUUUGAUCGUUCAGAGCAUCUUCGGUCAACAAGUUUUAGAUCCUAAUUGGGCUUGGAAAAAAUUCUCUUUUCAUUACAUCUUCUUUCUUUGUAUUUCCAUUUACGUAUUUUUUGGUACUGUACACACAUUUCAAAAUACUACUGACGCUGGAUUAGUUGCUGAGGCUAACUACACUCUUAUUAUGACGUUUGUUUUUCCUAUAAAACUUCUCAUCUUCAUUAAGAAUCGUUUUAUAUUCCAAGAUUUGUAUUUGAUGACUAAGAAAUACAUGAUUCCAGCUAUAAAAGAAAGUGGAAAGCUUGAAGGCUUCAGUCGGAAGGCAAAGAAAAUAGUAUACUUACUGUUUGGGUCGGUUGUCGUUCCAAUAAUGAUUUACGAAAUCAUCGCCUUGAUCAAUUAUGUGAACAGGAUAUAUACACCACUAUCAAAAACAACUUCAUCUCUGAUGCCUAAUAAAAGUCCUUAUCAUGAAAUAGCUUGGAUCUUGCAUACAAUAUUUAUGUGCUUAGUUACUACUACAAUUAUUAUGGACUUGUGGUUUGUUCUAUUAAUCUAUUUUCUAUGCUUGGCAAGUGACAAUUUGGUGACAAACUUAAAACUAAGCGAAAAGAGUCAAAUUGAUAGCGUAUACAAGAAAGAAUUGAAUAGCUGUUUGAAGAAAUUUUACAACGGACAUAUUGUAUUUAUACGAUUCCUAAGCACAAUGAACAAAAUUUACAAAUGGCUGGCUUUAGUUCCUUUAGGCAAUGCAGUUAUGGGCACUUGUAUGAUUUUAUUGGUAAUGAGUAAGAACGUAAACUUGCGAUUCGCUGUUCACUUCAUGCCAAUGUUUGGCGAGAUCGUCAUUUACAACUGGUUCGGAGAAAAGAUCAAAAGCCAGGCAAAAGCCAUCAACACGGCUCUUUUUAACUUCGACUGGAUGAGCUUAAGUGCAAUUGACAAGAAGAAUUACUAUAUCAUUGUCACUUUUGUUAAUAAGGCCGAGUUCGGCAUUAAAACUGCUACAGGAAAUGAUUUGUGUCUGAUCACUAUGACUUCAGUACUUCAAGUAACAUACCGAGCAUUCACAGUUCUACAAUCCUUUGCAUAA